CGUUGGCAGCCUUGUAUAGAUGGCGUUGUUUUGACGCUGUCAUCUUGAAAGUCGCCCAUUUUUCUGUCUGCUUUGAGCAAAGAGCAGCAGGCAGGCGAAGCUUGAGCGAAAACAGUGCAGCAUGAGUGGAGGCGUGCGCGUCGUCUGAGAUUCGGCCCGAAUUCGACCGAGCAUCGAGCGUGCCACGAGCCGAACUUUCACCGAGCGCAAAAUGGGCCCGCGUUUCGCCGAGACUUUCGGCCCCGCACACCGACAAUGAGGCAGGGCCGCGGCGGCGGUGCUCCGAGGACAAAGAAAUGUUGUAACAGCAACAGACGCGUUGUGUCCGGUUUGAACCUGCCUCCAACCCUGGACGACACGUCUGCCUGGAAGCAGGCGGGAGGCCCCGGAGGCCCCAACUCAGGCGCGUCACCCUCCGAGCCUCCCCCUGGCUUUGCGCAGCAAGUGGGCAGCGGAGGGCCGGCGCCGGGCCAGCCGCCCCCCAACCAGCCCUUCGGGCCCGGCGGCUUCCCCUCGGGGCCCUUCCCGCCGGGAAACUCGGCCGGACCUGCUGGCUUCAGUCCCGGCGGCAACUCGGGGCCCUACCCGCCCCCGGGCGCCGGCACACCUACGUGUCCCCCGCAGUACACGCCGUCGCCGGCGCCCUCGGGCUCCUCCACCCCGGGGCCCGGUUCCGCGCCGCCCCAGUUCUCGGCAGCGCCGCCUCCAGGCGCCGGGGGCGGCUUCCCUGGUGGUGGACCCCCAAAUCCAGGUGGACCGCUUUACAACGGCCCUGGGUCGUUUCCCUCGAACGCGGGCUUUGUAGGCCGGCCGGGCUCGUCGGGGGCGCCGUACGCGGGUCCUCCGCAGGGUGGCCCGCACCCUGGCCACUUCCCCUCGCCCGGCCAGCCGUUCCCCAGUGGGCCACCGUCGUUCGGCAUGCCGCCCGGCUCGCCCUUUGGACACCCGCCGGGCCACCCCAUGCCCCACGGGCCGCCCGUGCACGCCAUGAUGCCCGGACAGAUGGGCCCCGGCGGGCCCAUGGACCGAAUGGACCAGGGGCCUCUGCCAGUCCCGCGACGGCACACGCCCUACUUCGGCCAGCCAGACUACCGAGUUUAUGAACUCAACAGGCGGCUGCAACAGCGGACAGAGGAGAGUGACAAUCUGUGGUGGGACGCUUUCGCCACCGAGUUUUUCGAGGAUGACGCCACGCUCACUCUCACCUUUUGUUUAGAAGACGGACCGAAGAGAUACACCAUAGGCCGCACACUUAUACCAAGAUAUUUCCGUAGCAUAUUCGACGGCGGAGUGACGGAACUGUACUACAGCCUCCGCAACCCUAAAGAGAGUUUCCACAACACUAGCAUUACGUUAGAUUGCGACCAAUGCUCCAUGGUCACCCACCAUGGAAAGCCCCUCUUUACUAAGGUGUGCACCGACGGCCGAUUGAUAUUAGAAUUCACCUUUGACGACCUGAUGCGAAUCAAGUCGUGGCACCUGGCCGUUCGAACGCACAGGGAACUGAUUCCUAGGUCUGUGGUGACGAUGCACGCGCAACAGGACCCAAGCAUGUUGGACCAGUUGGGCAAGAACAUCACCAGGCAGGGCAUCACCAACGCUACCCUCAACUACCUAAGGCUAUGCGUCAUCCUGGAGCCUAUGCAGGAGCUGAUGUCGCGGCACAAGGCGUACGCACUCACGCCCAGGGACUGCCUGAAGACAACUCUGUUUCAGAAGUGGCAGCGCAUGGUCGCGCCGCCCGGUAAGAGAGAAUCACAAAGGCCUGCCAACAAAAGACGAAAACGCAAAGGGUCGCAGUCCGGGGCCGGUGCUAACAACGCUCCUCCGGCGCCUAACAAGAAAAGAUCUCCAGGACCUAACUUCUCUUUAGCUUCUCAGGAUGUAAUGGUUGUGGGCGAGCCGUCGUUGAUGGGCGGCGAGUUUGGCGAUGAGGACGAGCGACUGAUCACGCGUCUGGAGAACACGCAGUACGACGCAGCCAACUCGCUGGACGACAACAACUUCUCGGACUCGCCGCUGCCGGGCGGGCCCAACAGCUGGGGCGGUGGGGGCCCUGGUGGGCCGGUGCCAGGGGGGCCGGAUUCGCGGGGCCAGCCGCCUGGGCCGGGCAACACGCCGUCGAGUCAGGAUUCUGAGAAGAAGUCGCCCGCAGUGAGCCAGUGAACGAACUGAGACCAGUUAGUUUAACAUUUUAUUUCCGUUCACCCGUUUCGCAUUUGCAUUUUUGCCCGAGCAGUUGGGACUCGAGUACUUACUUGGGAGCUCGAAAAAUUGAGUGCAGCAUAUCAACCAAUCACUCUCUCACUCGGCGCGGGGACACUUUUAACUAAACAGUAAUAAUGAAAGCAAUUCUUGCCAUGCGGUCGGAGAGACAGGACACACAGUAUUUAAUUGAAACAAAAAUCGCAGUUAGUUACUUUAGCAGCAGCAGCAGCCAAGACUGUCCUUGAUCGAUCGUCGAUUGUAUUGUGUGUGCGUGUGGACACUUCUUCCUCGUUGGACGUACAGACGGACGAACGGAAAAAUUCAAGACGGUGUACAGUUUUAGUGAGCCACCGUUUCAACCGCUCUUUAAUCGCCACCUCGGACCCCCUACUCCUCCCCCUCCUCCUCUUUGGAUCCUCAAAGUAAUCACUUUUAUUCUCAUGGGAGCUUUGAUGAUCUCAAUUUUAGAAUGUCAUACAUUUUUUAGGCUUGGCUUUCAAUUAAAAAACCAACUUGCAACUUUUGUAAUCCUCUUGGUUCUCUAUGUAAUAGAGUCAAACCUGUGUUUCUAGUUUGUUUCUAGCCGGUUUUUUGCUGGAGUCGCUUACGGUUUUUCGAAAUGAGCCACAUGAAUCGGCUGGGUUUGCACAAUUUUGCAGAUUGGUGUUUUUAUUUAGGGUUUUUUGCAGUAAGAAAAUUCCUUGCGUUGGACUCUUCUUAUUUUGUUACUAUAUUCAGUUUAAAAUUUAACUUAAAUAUGAAAACGACAUUUUGUUUGGAAAAUAUUUCCCCCGAUUACACUAUUUAAACUAUUGUCUCUGAGGUUUUACUGAACAAGAAAAAUUGUAAUGAUAUGAAAUCCUCUACUGUAUUGCAACUCCGUUUUUUCUUAUUUCCUGACAGUAAUAUUACCAAUUACUCCUAACUGGAAUGUUGUUUUAUGACUUCGAAUAUUUCCUUAAAAAGUUUACCUUAUUUUUUUUCGAAAAAUUUGAAUGGCUAAGGAGUAUUUAUAAAUAUUUGAAAAUUUGGAAAAAACUAAAAAUUCUUUUAAUUCUUGUAUUUAAAAACAACUUUUUACUCAGUUGUUCAUAUUUUUUACAAUUCAGACACUUGAAAUGUCAGUGAAUACUGAUUCAACCCUAAAAUUGGCAUUAAAAAUUAUGAAAUUUUUUUCUGGUGCAGGGAAUGAUGUUAUUUUUAUGAAAAAUGUUAAUAUUUACAAAUAGUUGAACCAACUUUUGAAAUAUAGUUGAUUUUUAACUGCUUUUAAACAUUUUGAAGUGGAUCGAAAUGCUGCAUCAGACAAAAUAAAUUACGCAUUUUAAAACCAACAAAUUUAGUAGAAAAUAAAUUCAGGAAAUAAAUAUUUUAUGGACUUAAAAUAAGGGAUUUUUUCCGUAUCUGCAAAAAACCCGCGAAAAUACAUACAUUUACAACCCAGUGCAGUUGUUUGACAGACAAACCCUGAGAGCCGGAAGAAGUUGUUGUUUUAACCCUUCCUCAGUGCAGUUUUACGUUUUCAAACAGUUUUUUUUACUCUUUUGAGGCUUCCAUCAUGAGUGGGCCAUGGUUUUUACUACCACGUUUUAUCACGUCCUCGUGAGCCCCCUCCCUCCCAGCCUUCCCCAAAUAACACGCAGAAUCAAAGAAAGUUUCUUCAACUGUGCGGCGGCGGCAGAAUUUGAGUUUUCUAAGGACAAUUCCUAUUUUUGUUUGUGACAAACAGAUUUUAAAUGAUGUUUAUUUUGAGAGGUUUUAUUGAUUUAUUGUUUCAAACGAGCGACGGACAGGUGCUCAAAUUUUAAACCUUUUCGAAAUUUGUGAACCGCACCUCAGCCGAGUCCGUGCUAAAAAUAACUCGUUUUAGAACAAUAAAAAGGGCCUCGAAAGGUCGAGUUGCUUCUGGUGGCUCCCAGGGGGGCCGAGUGUGUGUGGUUCAUCGGCCGCAUUUUUUUUUCUUUUCUGGGGUCGAGUGCCGUGAGCAACAUAGACCUUGAGAGGGACGAAAAUACCAACAACCAACCAUUUAUACACAAACACACACG